AUGCUUAGUUCACCGAGCGCGACUUCGUCCGAGGCGAUCUCAGAAACGCUGAGCACGCUGAGGCAGCUCAGCAGGGCCGUCUCCUUACAGACUGAGAGAAUCCUCGAUGCCGGGAAGUCUGGCUUUCCCGAAGUGGGUGUGGUGGAAGAGAUUUGGAACAAGACCUUGGGAUUGGGAGAUCUGCCCCGUAGGGCUCGCUCUGAACGCUGUGCAGUAAUGUGA